AUGUCUCUAAAGGACACUGUUGACAAGAUGAACAAACUAUUCGGCAAAGCUGAAACACAAGUUUCACAACGCUACAAAUGCCUGCAACUUGCAAAAGCAGAUGGUGAGGAUUUUAAAGAGUACGCAAGCCGUGUAAAUCUUCAAUGCGAGCUCUUCAAGAUGACAGACUUAAAAAUCGAUCAGUUCAAGUGUUUAAUUUUUGUAUUGGGUCUUAAAUCAAGUAAAGACACAGAUAUUCGCGUACGUUUAUUGAAAAUUUUGGAUGAAUUUUCCGAAACAACAAAUUUGGAUAAACUGGUAGACGAAACACAGCGUAUAAUGGAUUUGAAAUCUGAUAACAUAAUGAUUGAACACCAACCAAAAUCAAUUUGCUUUGCUAACAAAAAGGAGAACAACAACAACAGUCACAAACUUCCGAAGACACCUUGCUGGCUCUGCGGGGAUCUACAUUUCGUAAAAUUUUGUCCCUACGUUAAACACAAAUGCACCAAAUGUCAACAAAUUGGACACAAGGACAACUACUGUUCCAGCUCCAAGCCCAUUAAAACAAAAUCAACACAAAAUUACUACAAAGACAAAUUUCAACGGAAAUCAAAAUUUCGUACCAAUGCAGCAUUCACAACAAUGAAGCUUCAAUUCAAAGAACUUCGUUGGCCAGAAAAUAGUAAAAAUAUUCAUUCUUCAAUUGUACCAUAUUUUAAUCGAAAAGAAUCGUUAUCGACGACAGAUGGUUGCGUUAUGUUUAACAAUCGUAUUGUAAUACCGGAUCCAUAUCGUCAAAAGAUUCUCAGACAACUUCACAGAGGACACAUUUCUGCAGAAAGAUGUAAGUCAAUCGCUCGCAGUUACGUUUAUUGGCCUUGUAUUGACAAGCAAAUUGAAGAUUUCAUCAAAAAGUGUCAAAACUGUCAACAAGCCGCAAAGAAUCCUGUCAAAACCGACCUUUGCUCGUGGCCAAUAACAACACGACCGCUCGAGAGAUUACAUAUUGACUAUGCUGGACCUCUUAAGAAUAAGUAUUAUCUAGUUAGUAUCGACCCAUUUUCUAAAUACCCUGCUAUUUACGAAACACCAACUAUUACAUCAUUUGCAACAAUAAAAAUUAUGAAUGAUUACUGUGCACAAUUUGGAAAUCCUGAACAAAUAGUUUCGGACAACGGAACGCAGUUUUCCUCAGAACAAUUUCAAAACUGGUGCAAGGAAAGAGCUAUAGAACACACAAGAACUGUACGUUUCCAUCCCAGCUCCAACGGACAAGCGGAAAGAUUCGUAGAUACACUAAAACGCGCUCUCAAAAAGGCAGAAGGGGAGGAUACACCUACCACAUCACUACAAACAUUCUUGGAAGUCUAUAGAUCAACACCUAAUCCAAAUUCUCCAAAUGGUAAGAGUCCUGCGGAAUCAUUUAUAGGUCGAAAAAUGAGAACAGUUUUCGACAUCAUCAAAAAGCCUAAAGUUACCAAUCGUGAAACCAAUCAGAAAAUGGAGAAACAAUAUAAUACCAAACACGGUACCCGAAAGAGAACAUACCUCCAUGGCGACCAGGUCUACGCUUUAAACUUCAAAGGAAACAAACAACACUGGGUGCCAGGGGAAUUCAUCGAGAAAAUUGGUAACGUAGUUUACAAUACCCUGAUCUAUGUUGCUAAUAGAAAAAUUCUCGUAAGAUCAGACACAGACCAACUCCGACUUAGGUAUACCGAAAGCGACAACUCAUCAGAAAAAUCUAAUCUACCUUUGGAAAUAUUGCUUGAAGAAUUCAAAAUAACCCCACCAUUGCAAGAAGAAACUUUUGCAACACCUACAGCUUCACCAUGCCCAACUCUAAUGCGUAUAACCAGCCGUAGAAAACCAGUGGAACCAUUUUCAAGAUCACCGCAAUAG